AUGACGGCCAAGAAUCAAGAAGCUUCCAUCAAGAACAUGGAAAGACAAAUAGGCCAGCUCUCUAAACAAUUUGCAACAGAGAGGCCAUCAAGCUCCCUACCAAGUGACACAAUUCCAAAUCCUAAGGAAGAAUGUAAGGCAAUACAGUUGAGGAGUGGGAGAACAUUGGGGAGUAACAAUGACACUGCAAAGAAACUAGUGGAGAGCAGCAAAAAGCCAACAGAGGCAGAGGAAGUCAAUGAUCAAGAUAUGGUGCCAAACAAGAACACAGAGAACCCCAAAAGAGAAGAAGAGCGGCCAAUCAAUGCACAUAAGAAAGAAGAAGACGCAAUUCAAGGACAACAGACAAAGGAGAAGAACCUCAUCUCUCCACUACCAUAUCCACAGAGGUUCAACAAAGAAAUCAAAGACCAACACUUCCACAAAUUCCUGGAAACUUUCAAGAAGCUGGAAAUCAACAUUCCUCUGGCUGAAGCAUUGGAACGAAUGCCCUUAUAUGCCAAAUUCUUGAAGGAACUCAUCAACAAGAAAAGAAGCUGGCUGGAGAAGGAGACCAUACUCCUCACUGAAGAAUGUAGUGCGGUACUUCAAAAAGGGAUUCCACCAAAGCUCAAGGACCCAUGGAGUUUUGUAGUCGCAUGCACCAUAGGCAAAAUGACACUAGAUAAAGCUCUCUGUGAUCUUGGAGCCAGUAUCAACCUGAUGCCCUUGUCGAUGAUGAAGAAGCUUGCUAUAGAAGAACUCAAACCCACCAGGAUGUCAUUAGUCAUGGCUGACAGAUCAAUCAAGACACCCAAUGGAAUUCUGGAAAAUCUGCUAGUAAAGGUUGGGGAGUUUAUUUUCCCUGCAGAUUUUGUAAUUCUGGACACUGAAGAGGAAGGAAACAAUUCAAUCAUCUUGGGACGACCAUUUUUAGCUACCGCAAGGGCUAUAAUUGAUGUGGAAAAAGGGGAAAUGAUCUUCAGAGUACACAAUGAGCAAAUGGUCAUAAAUGUCUUCAAAUCAAUGCAGCACCUCCCCGAACAAGAAGACUACUUAAGCGUGGACAUGAUAGAAAACUUGGUGGAAGAGGUGUUGGAAGCUAACCAGCAUGAACAAGAAGAGGAAAGUGGUCAAGAGACAACCAAGGAGCAGGCAGCUGAGAUCUCUACUGACCAAAGGGCAAAACCAGACAAGAAAGAGGAAGUACAAAAAUAA